AUGCCUGAUUACUUCUUUCAUGUCGCUGUUGAAUUGUUCACAGAUCCAACCGUCGAAGCGAAGCAAACUGACCAGCACCAGCCUCCGAGCCUCUCAUCCUUUUUCAGAGCCCUGAGGCCGUUUACCACUUCCGGAGGAAGACAAGAACCACGGGAUCACCUUUUUGACCGCAGGAAAGACUACCUUCUCUCAAGAAGUGCUUGUCCAGCCCCCGCGGCGCAGUCGGAACAGACUCCUCGUGACCUCUGUCACUCUGAUCCCAAGGACCACCGACUAGAUACCAUCACCCUCGAAAGUACGGACAUGUCGGCCCACUCCGGCGGGAAGGAGGAGGUCCAGGUCGCAAAAGAAAAUAUAAUCGGAAAGGGGAUCGGGAGUGCGCUAUCGGGUCACCACAUGAAAGGACGUUACGAACCCUUGGAAAGCCACGACAGCGUAGAAGGUUGGGGGAUUGUUCACCUCUACAGAGAUGCAGAAGAGACGGCUGGGCUAUACAAGGACUCAGUCUACCGCUCAACUGACUUCUGGAGCGACGGACUGCGCAACCCUCCCACAGGAAAGCCACACCCUCCGCCCAAAGAUGAAGACUGUACAACUCUGUGCAUCCUAGCGGUUCCCUCAUACAUGACACCUUCCGACUUUCUCUCCUGGGUGGGCGAGGAUACGCGCAGCGAAGUCAGCCAUUUCAGGAUGGUGCGCACCUCAAGGGCGAACCGCUACAUGGUCCUGAUGAAGUUCAGACACGGCAAGAAGGCACGAGAGUGGCAGCACGAGUGGAACGGUAAGGUGUUCAAUAGUAUGGAGCCAGAAACAUGCCACGUUGUGUUUCUUAAAUCGGUGGAACUGAUCCAAACUCCAUCGUCCGUGGAUCAAACCACGGGGCCGAGCUCGCCGACGACGAGCUAUCCUCGCAUGUCGAAUGAUCCCUUCGUCCCAGCCUCGGCGACGACGAAACCGCUCGCCCCGCGGACCCCGUCCCUGGUCGAACUGCCUACGUGUCCGGUCUGCCUUGAGCGCAUGGACGAAACCACGGGCCUUUUGACCAUACCCUGUCAACACGUUUUCCACUGUACAUGCCUGGAGAAAUGGUCCGGCGGCGGCUGCCCAGUCUGUCGGUACACUCAUGACGACUUCUCCUCACGACUGGCCUCGUCCAAAUUCAAGAGCAAAACAUCCAAGGGAGAAUAUGAACCGUACGAUGGCCCACUAGAGUGUGAGGUCUGCCACGCAGACACAAGCUUGUGGCAGUGUCUCAUAUGUGGGAAGAUUGGUUGCGGCAGGUAUGAGGGCAAACACGCAUAUGCCCAUUUUGAAGAGAGUGGGCAUACAUUCAGCAUGGACCUAGAGAGUAAGAGAGUCUGGGAUUAUGCAGGCGAUGGCUAUGUCCAUCGAAUCAUCCAAGACGCUGCGAAGCCGGGCGAGAAGUUGGUCGAACUACCGGGCAGACGACGUGAGCCGACCGCUCUCCAGGGAGAGGAGGAUCUCGAGGUUGCCAAAAUGGACAAUAUCGCAUUGGAAUACACGCACUUGCUCACAAGCCAGCUGGAGAGUCAGAGAGUGUAUUUUGAGGAAGUCGUCCAGCGAGCCGUGGACAAAGCCUCGGAAGCAACCAAGAAAGCGGACCGGGCAAUGGAGGAGAGUCGCCUCGCCACAGAGAGACUGUCCACUCUGGAAAGCGAACAUGACUUUGUCGCCAAAGGUCUGGUUCCCGAACUGGAAAAGGAGAAAGCACGACUUGAAAAACGAAGCGCGAAAUUCGAAGAGAUGGCCAGGACCAUCAACCAGAAAUAUCAAGAAGAAAAGGCACUGACAAAGUCUUUGAUGCAGAGGAUCGAGCAUCACGAGACUUCCCAGGAGACGCAGGUAGAAAAGCUGAAGCAGACGAUACAGAGACUCGAGGAAGAAAACGCCACCAAAGACUUGUUGAUGGAGGGCCUCAGGGACGAACACCGUGAUGCGAUGAUGCAAAUCUCCGCUCAGAGAAAGUUACAGGAGAUGGUGGAGAGGGGCGAGCUGGAGCAAGAGGACCUGGAGGGCGCCGUCAUUGAAGCUGGGCCGGCGCCGGCGCCAAAGAGGACAUUGCGUGGAGGGAAAGGAAAGAGAGGUUUGAACAGUCCGAGCCGCAACUUUGAAGCAUCCAAAUCUCCUUCCCAGCACCAGCAGCAGCAGCAACGAGCAAGCCCCGUCGACUCGAGACCGUCUGCUUCUAAAAGCAUACCCGAGGAAGUCCAAUCCAUCUACGAGGGCAUCUUCGGCGAGAGCUCACGGAGCCACGACUGGGACGACGAGAAAGCAAAGCGGAUCCUCGAUGAGUGUAGGACCAAACUGCUUGGGGAAGGCCUCCUUGUCCCUCCCGCACCGACGUCGACAACAUCCCCGCACGUUGACACCGAAGGCAGCAGCGAUGUUGAGCUCGACGGUGAAGAGGGUGGCGGCGAGGGAAAGGCCAAGAGCGGCGCUGUGAAGAAGAGGAAAGGGAAGAAGAAAGCCAAAAAGUGA